UGUAGCUGUGGAGUCCUGGGUGAAAGGGGUAUGGGGGAGCUGCUCAGAGCCUGGUCGGUGCAAGGGAAUACGGUAGCCGCGGUGGCGGCGGUAGGAGCAGUGCUGGCGGUAUUCUCAGCGGAGACUCGGGCCCAACACAGGGCAGCACAGCAGACAAUAACCGGGCUGGGAACCGGACACGGCCGGGUUCCAGUUCUCAGCCAACUUUCUCCUUGGUGCUUUUCCUGCCUGCCUGUUUCAACUCUUGAGACCUUUUCUCACUGAGAACACCUUCAUGGUUGUCAGCAACUCAUGGGCAUUUGGGGGUUUUAAUCAUAAUAGGAGGCAGACGAUCCUCUGUGAUACUUCCUGAUUGAUCAUGUUAUAACAGCUCCUGGAACCCCAAGGCUGAAUUUCCAGUUGAAUGUACCAGAGUUGUCUCCAUCACUAUGGAGACUCAAAAGGAUGAAGCUGUUCAGAUCAAGAGAGCAGCAGCCUCUGGUGGUACUGAAGACCACAGAGCAGAAAAAGGAGCCAAGAACAAGACAGCUGAGGCAACAGAAGGGCCAGCACCAGAGCUACCCUCAUCUGGCCCAGGUAGGCUGAAGAAAACUGCCAUGAAACUCUUUGGUGGCAAGAAGGGAAUUUGUACUCUGCCUAGUUUCUUUGGAGGGGGACGAAGUAAAAUUUCUGGGAAAAGCAGCUCCAAGAAGGGUCUAAACAAGAGCAAGACCCACGAUGGCCUGAGUGAAGCUGCCCAUGGUCCAGAUGACAUUGCCAGCGAAGGCACAGGCUUCUCCCUACCUUUGCCCAAGUCACUCUGUCAAUUUCCCAGCUCCCAGAGUGCCCAUGAGACUUUGGAGAGAGGCUCCAGGCAUAAGUCUUCUAUGGCUGGAGCCACAGAGAAACCUGGAAUUGAGAAAGUGCCCUCUGUGCACAAACCAAAGAAAGGCCUUAAAGGCUUUUUUAGCAGUAUCCGCCGGCACCGGAAGAGCAAAGUUGCUGGGGCUGAGCAAAGUGAGCCAGAGGCCAAGGAACUCGAGGGCACCAGAACCAGGUCUCAUGCACAUGUAAGCUCUCCUUCUCUGCCCUGCUCUGUAGAGACUUUCCAAACCCUUAGAAAGGAAAAUGCCAAACCCCAAGAUGCUUCUGGACCAAAAAGUUCUCCAGUACCAGAACCUUCUCCCUCAACUGUUGAGAAGAUAGUCUGUAAAAAUCCAGAAAAACUAACAGAGACCUGUGCCUCAGAACUCAUGCAGCCCAAGUCUGCUCCUGAAGCCAGUAGCAUAGAGGAACCCCAUGCCCCAGAAACAGAGGAGAAGGUAAUGAUGACAGGAGAGGUAAACCCAUCAAAUGGCCCUGUAGGGGAUCAGCUGAGCCUCUUGUUUGGGGAUGUCACAUCCCUGAAAAGCUUUGACUCAUUGACAGGUUGUGGUGACAUUAUAGCAGAACAAGACAUGGACAGUAUGACAGACAGCAUGGCCUCUGGUGGCCAGAGGGCCAACCGAGAUGGAACCAAACGAAGUUCCUGUCUGGUGACCUACCAAGGAGGUGGGGAGGAGAUGGCCUUGCCAGAUGAUGAUAAUGAAGAAGAAGAGGAAGAGGAAGAGGAGGUAGAAUUAGAAGAUGAAGAUGAGGAGGUCAAGGAAGAGGAAGAAGAUGAAGACUUAGAGUAUCUAUGGGCAGGUGCCCAGAUGUAUCCAAGGCCCAAUCUGAGCCUUGGCUACCAUCCUACUACAUCCCCAGGCCACCAUGGCUACAUGCUUCUUGACCCAGUUCACACUUACCCUGGCUUGUCCCCUGGGGAACUUCUGACUCCUCAGAGUGACCAGCAAGAAUCUGCUCCAAAUAGUGAUGAAGGUUAUUAUGACUCUACCACACCUGGAUUUGAAGAUGAUUCAGGUGAGGCUCUGGGGCUUGGACACAGGGAUUGCCUACCUAGAGACAGCUAUAGUGGAGAUGCCCUGUAUGAGUUCUACGACCCAGAUGACAGUCUUGAGAACUCCCCACCAGGAGAUGACUGUGUUUAUGACCUUCAUGGCCGUAGUUCUGAAAUGUUUGGUCCUUUCUUGAACUUUGAGCCCUUUUCUUCUCGGCCACCUGGGGCAAUGGAAACAGAGGAAGAACGACUAGUUACCAUCCAGAAACAGUUGCUGUACUGGGAGCUUCGGCGGGAACAACUUGAGGCUCGAGAGGCAAGUACUAGAGAGGCUCAUGCCAGGGAAGCCUAUUCUCAAGAAGCCCAUACUCGAGAAGUUCAUGCCAGGGAGAUCCGAACCCGAGAAGUUCAUGCUCAAGAGGGUCAAGUCCGAGAGGCUCAGACCCAGCAGGAGAAACCCAUCUUAGAGUAUCAGAUGAGGCCCUUAGGCCCAUCAGUGAUGGGCCUGGUGGCAGGGACAUCAGGAGCUUCUCAGACAUCCCACUGGGGAAAUACCUCAGCUUUCCCUACCACAUCUAGCAGUGAGCCAGACUGGCGGGAUUUCCGUCCUUUGGAGAAGCGUUUUGAGGGGACUUGCUCCAAAAAAGAUCAAAGUACAUGCUUGAUGCAGCUUUUCCAGAGUGAUGCCAUGUUUGAGCCAGACAUGCAUGAAGCAAAUUUUGGAGGGUCUCCCAGGAGAGCCUACCCUACUUACUCACCCCCUGAGGAGCCAGAGGAAGAGGAGGAGAAGGAAGGUAAUGCUACUGUGAGUUUUUCACAGGCCUUAGUGGAGUUCACCAGCAAUGGAAACCUUUUUUCCAGCAUCUCCUGCAGCUCUGAUUCUGACUCAUCCUUCACUCAAAAUCUUCCUGAGCUGCCUCCCAUGGUGACCUUUGACAUUGCUGAUGUGGAACGAGAUGGAGAAGGCAAGUGUGAAGAGAAUCCUGAGUUCCACAAUGAUGAAGACCUCACAGCCUCCUUGGAAGCUUUCGAACUGGGUUAUUACCACAAACAUGCCUUUAAUGGCUACCAAAGUCGAUUUUACCAAGGCCUGCCCUGGGGUGUGAGCAGCCUUCCUCGAUACUUGGGACUACCUGGUAUACAUUCUCGACCUCCACCUGCUGCCAUGGCCCUUAACAGGAGAAGUCGCUCUCUUGACACUGCAGAGACCCUAGACCUGGAGCUCUCCAGCUCUCACAUGGCCCAGGAUUACCUGGAAUCUGAUGAACUACAGGCCCCCCAGGAAGAUUCAGAUGAAGAAGGAGAAGAGGAGGAAGGAGAAUGGGGCCGAGACAGUCCCCUGUCCCUCUACACUGAACCCCCGGGGGUCUACGACUGGCCUUCAUGGGCUCCCUGUUCUCUUCCAUUGGAGCCAGGCCCUGCUUGGAUAAACUCCAAUCAAUUGAAUGGACCAUUCAGCCAGUCUUUGUAUGAGCAGGAAACCUGUUGCCUACCUUCUGUGGCCAUGCCAAUAUCAUCAGUGCCAGGGCUCCCAAGAGCACCUGGAGAUUCUCAGCCUCAACUCUCUCGACCUUCACACCUACCCUUGCCUGCAGGCCCUUGCUAUAACCUCCAGCCACAGGCCUCCCAGAGAGUGAGGGCUAGAUCUCGGGAUGUGCUGCUGCCCAGCAAUGAGCCUAGCUGUUCCUCCAUUUCUGGGGGCUUCUGCCCCAGCCCUCUGCCCCAAGCCAAGCCUGUGGGCAUCACUCAUGGUAUCCCUCAGCUGCCCAGGGUGCAACCUGAGCCCCAUCAGCCUCAGCCCAGUUACUACAGGGCUUCUAGCCUUGACCUGUCAAAGGAGAGGGCUGAGGAAGGUGCCUGUCUUCCUGCCAGCUACUCCUCCACUGCUGUGAAUGGAAACCUAGCCAAGUAGUCGUCAUCAGUUCUGGAGUGGGAGCCUGAGCAUGUGAAUGGGGAUCAGGGGUUGGGCAGAGGGGUGGGGUAGGGGUUGCUGUUUAACUUGAAAAUCCUUUUGGCCAAGAAGCUCUGAGUUUUUGCCCUUUUAUCUUCUGCUAUCUAUGGCUGUGUUCAGCUCAAGUACAUCUGCCUAAGGAGACUGCUGCUUCUGUGCUCCAGUUUUUGCUUUGGGAUGUUUUCUGACCCAUACAGGGUUUGGGAUGCUAUAAUUUUGUGCCUAUUCCAGUUGCUAAGUUAGUGAUAUUUGCGUGUAUGCGUGCAUGCAUGCGUGUGUGCGUGUGUGCGCGGGUGUGUCUGGGUGCUUGUAUGUGAAUCUCCUUAAUGCAAGCUGAAUCUUUAGCACUCUUCUCUUACUGAUGAGCAGCCAGGUCUGCGUUGCCUCUCACUUGGAGAUGAAGUGGGGGGCUUGUUGGCUGUUAGCAAUAUAAAGUUAUGGUACAUAUCCUCCCUAUCCCCAUUCCUUUUUGCCUUGGGAUAGCUGCACCAUUACAUCAGAUGACUAUAAGUCAUUCAUCCCAACUAGCUGUCUUUAGAGAGGAUCAAGUAGCAUGUGUCUCACUGCCUAUUGCUGUGGACUUUGGCACCACAACUAGAUGAGAGCCUUUUAAUCUAGCCUGCCAUAGUUUAGCUUGAAGACAAAUACACUAAUCCACUUAAUGGAGUGACUAAAUAUGCUCAUUUUCAAACAGAAGACAACUAACUUAAAACUACCAUAAUAUUUUGACUUCUGGAAUGAUAAUUUGUUUUUCUUAAGCCUAUGACUCCUUGAGUUCCUCUAAAGAAAGUUGUUAUCAUCUAAUCACAUGGAGUACAGUCUCAAUUGAGAUAAGGGAAGAGAGGCAAUCUAAUUUGGGCUUGGCUAUGGGGCUGUGGAGUUUUGUGGAGUACAGGUGAAGAAAAGGAGGCCCAUUAUCCCAGAUAGCAAGAAGGGAUUUCAGACUUUGGAGCCUGAAGCAACCUAGCCUAGAAGGGAAUACUUCCCUACCCUUCCUCCCAAGCUAAAAAGUUAUUUAAGCUUUGCCCACCCCUUCAUUUUGAUGCUGUAGAAGUUCUAACCUUGUACUCCUAAGACAGUCUCAUCUGCUGUCCUGGGCUUUCUACAAAGCUUUCAUCUUCCAAUUAGCCAAGUUCUUAGUAUUAUCAAAGGACCAGGCUUCUUAAGAGGAAAGACUGUGAGGCGCCUUCACUCUGCCAAGCUACAGGACUGAUUUGCAUAGCAGUUUCAGCCCUUUAUGAAAUGAAUAGCACCCUCCCUUCUGCAUUCAUGCAGUUUUCAUGUUUAAGUAGGUUGGAAAUACUGGUAGGGAAAGCUUGCUGUCAAGGAAGACACUGCAACAGGCUUAUCUUGCCAGGCUCAAUCUUAUAUUAAUCACCCAUAGGAGACACUUCCUUUUAAAUUUCUUUACUAGAAAUAUCAUAUGAAAUAUUUUUGUGUGCAUAAGUUGAUAAAAAUUAUGAUUAUUUCCUCUUCUGCCCCAGGCCCCACUUUUGUCCCCCAGCCAGUUUUACAAUGAAGUGAAGAUAUCAGCAGGGCUCUUGUUAUUCCUGAGAUAUGCCAAUUUACCUUGGAGACAGAUGGUAUUGGCCCUCUGAGUCAAGGUUACUUUGUGGACAUACUUCCUUGGCCAAGGGAUAUGUCCAUGCUGGUCUUUGUCAUCAUUUUUUCAGAUUGGAAUUGGCCUUGCACACUUCCUCAGCAAGAACAGAUUUGGCUGGCAAAAGCUAAACCCCUGGAAGUAACCACAUGAGUUUGUACAGCACUAGCACCACCCCUUCAAGGGACCCAGAUCAGCUCUAGCAUAACUUCAGCUACAUCAUGAAGAAAUGCAUUUGUUGAAGAGCUGGAGAAUGAAAGGGUAACAAAGGGCUUCUUUGCCUCAAGCACAGAAUUCCAAGAGAUAAGUGCUUGCCAAGAUUCCAACCACCUGGCCUCUUACCAAAGCUGCUCUGGGAGAUUAGGGGUAAUAUUGGCCUGAUUGUUUGGCAGGAAGUAAACACCAAAUACCUUUAUACUAGGGAAAAAAAUCUCUUGCCUCUUCCUUCUGAGCAGCUUAAGCUCCUGCGUACAUGUGGAUUGCCUGCUGUCAACAGCUUCCAUAGCCUGCCAGAGAUGGGCCACCAGCCUAUUUUGGAAGAGGAAGAAGAGAUGAUCAACCAAGGGCUGAGAGCUGCCCUCAGAGUUAGGAGGACAGCUCAGUGCAGUGCCUUUGAGGGGUCCUGCCAUAUUUCUAACACAUUUUCUUGGGCUCUGACACGUCACCCAUCACAGAGUCCUACUUGAGGCUGAGUAGGAGCUCACAUUGUGGAAAACAUCACUACCUGCAAGUCUCUUCACUGCGUAGCCUACAGGAAAAGAUCUUCACUACCAAAGUGGAGCAGGAGCAGGCACAUUUGAAUCUCUAGGACAAAUGGCAGCCACAGCCUAGAGGAAGGAAACCCUGGCUGAGGCUAUGUGGUAAUAAGGCGGCAAUGGGAAAGCCAACCAAGUCCCAGGCAUCUCUCCAAACAUAGGCAUGUGUUUCCUUGGCUGGUACCAAAUAUGCCAGGACUGUCAAUUGAUACUAGGUUAUGGCUAGAUAAAAAUCACUUAUCUCCAUUGCAGGGCCCUGGAACAAUGAAUUUGUAUGUGACUUCAAGGGAAGUUUUCAGAAUAGAAGGUAGCUGGCCUCAUUUUGUUACACAAUAGGCCUAUGUAGUGUCUAACCCUGAAAAUUCCCAGGUAAGAUUGGUCUCCUAGGGGACUUUUGAAUGUGGAUAGGGAAGGAGACCACUUAGCAGGCAUCCUCUAUAGCCAGGAUGCAUGUUUCUUGGUGCUUUAGAUUAUCUGAGGAAGCCCUGCUUUGGGGACUAUCUGGCUUUUGUUUGGGGACCAGGUCACAAGCCUCAUGGAAUCAAGGCUUUGGUAAAUGCCAGUCUCCUUUCCUCUCUUAGUACUGUGCCAAGGAGGGACGUAGCUUUCCACAUUCAGAAUGCUGGAUGUAUAUUUUCAUCCUACUGCCAACAGCUUUGCCACCAGUACCUGCCCUUGGCCCCCAGGCUCACUUGCUAGAGGGAGGCAUGGGGGGAGGGGUUAGCAGGGAUACUUCAAGUUUACCCAUGUAUGUGUCACAUCCAAGUUGUUUUUAAUAUAUAUAGAUAUAUAUAUAUCAGAAGCCAAUUAUCUAUUUUUGUAUUGUUUGCAUUUUAUAUUCAUGGAAACAAUGUUUAUCAAUUGUUCUUUUCUGAUUUAUUUUUAAGAGGUGCUGUUUACAGUUUUAAACAAAAAAUGAUGACACAAAAAUUGCUGCUGCUUGUGCAGAGGGCUGUCAUCUCAACUGCCUAGGGCCCUCACCCUUUCCCCUCUCCCACCCUGCUGUAUCACACUGUUUCUUCUCUACUCACAUGACAACAGAACAUGUCCAGGUACUGAAAACUAAUGCCAGGUGACUCAGGCACGUGGAACCUGGUAGAUAUGUUUUGUAUUUUUAUGCUUUCCUUUUGGGCCCCUCCUCUGUGUAAAACUUCUGAGAGCACUCAUGCCUCUUUUAUUUUAUUCUUUCCCUUUCUGUAUGUUUUGUGCUUUUGUUUUGAAAGUAGAGUGCUCCCAUUUGUGCUAUUUGUUGUGUUGAGAUUUUCCAAAGAAGUAUUUUGGGGACAUUCUCCACUGAAUGGGGAGGAUAUGGGGUUUAAACCACACUUCCUUACCUCAAGAAGCUUGGGAAGAUAAGUGACAGUGAUGCUCAAACCACCAGGAAUUGGUCAUCUCCUUGAGGAAACCCUUUCAUGGGACUUUCCAGGAGCUUGUAACAGAUGUCUGGAAGAGACUUUGGAGAACUCCUUCACCCCUCUUGCUACUUUGUGGGAAUCUCUACCCUUACUACCAUUAUCCUUCUUCCCCCCUCCCAUCCUGCUCCAGUUCAUACAUGGAUGGUACUUUAGAAAAACAGUGACUGUUAGGGUCAUGGCUAGCUGGCCUGAUCCAUCGUUUCUCCAUCCUGUAGUCACUCCAAAGAAGAAAAUUCACAUGGCAUGUAUAUGUAUGAGGAUUAAGUCUAUUAAGAGGUGGGGCUUUAAUUAUUCUUAUUACAAUUGGUGCUUAUUUUCCCUGCUUAUAUGGGGUGGGAAAGGGUGGGAGUAUACCAGGAAUGUAUAUUUAGGUCAUGUUAAAUAAAUUGGCUGGGGGAAGGAGGGAAGAUAAUAGAAAUGGCAGUAUAUCCUCAUUCCAGGUGUUAAGAGCUCUCUCGGUACAGAAAGGGGAUUGUACCCCCUUGCUGUGCUUAAGCUUCCCUUCCCCAUUCCAGAGACAUCACAGAAUCUUCUGUGUUGUGACCUCGCCAUUCCUAGCACUUGCUGACAUCCGGAUGUCUUGAUAUACUGCCUGUUGUAUUAAAAUCUAUAUUUCUUUUGUUGAAUGCUAAUAAACUUCUGGGUUCAGGAGAAGCCCUCAGUCA